AUCUUCAAAAAAAAAAACAAGUGUCUUUGAAGUUUUUUUAAAAAAGUAACGUUUUAUAGCUAAGUAGUAACGCAAUGGCUUCCUCAGUUGUUUCCUCGGCAGCCGUUGCUACCCGUAGCAAUGUUGCUCAAGCUAGCAUGGUUGCACCCUUCACCGGACUCAAAUCCGCCGCAUCUUUCCCUGUUACCAAGAAAAACAACCUUGACAUUACUUCCCUUGCUAGCAACGGUGGACGUGUCAGAUGCAUGCAGGUGUGGCCACCAAUUAACAAGAAGAAGUACGAGACACUCUCAUACCUUCCUGACUUGUCCGUCGAGCAAUUGGCCAAGGAAAUUGAGUACCUUUUGAAUAAGGGAUGGGUUCCUUGCUUGGAAUUCGAGACUGAGCACGGAUUUGUGUACCGUGAGCACCACAGAUCACCAGGAUACUACGAUGGUAGGUACUGGACUAUGUGGAAGUUGCCCAUGUAUGGGUGCACUGACGCCACCCAGGUGUUGAAUGAGGUCGAAGAGUGCAAGAAGGCGUACCCACAGGCCUGGAUCCGUAUUAUCGGAUUCGACAAUGUCCGUCAAGUGCAGUGCAUCAGUUUCAUUGCCUACAAGCCAGAAGGCUACUAAAUUUCAACAUAUAAUUAAUUACCCUUAUCGACAUGUUUGUUUGAAACCACAGUUUUUUGCGCUUUUGGUUCGUUUUCUUCCUAUUCGUACCGGUGUAUUUUCCUCGAUUUCGACCAAGUUAUGAGAAAUUAAUAAUAUGAUGAAUCGAUGUUUAUAUGUUUA